AAAUAAUAAAAAAGAUAUGCUCCCUCCGGUGAGAGACAAACCUCAACCAUAGUCAUCCUCAUUCGUCACUGACAUCAGAAACUCAAAGACUCAAAGGUUUAAUGGCGAGGCAAAGGCCGAAGCAGCUGGAGCCAAACAAGAUUGGUUCUUCCAAGGUGGGUUUUGAAGGAGAAGAAGAAGAAGGAGGUUGGGUUUUUGUUAAGAAGCAGAGAGUCAUCAUUGUCUUGCCUUCUCUUCCUCUACCUGAGCCUUUUAUUGGGGAGAAGCCUCCUGCAACUUCUUAUCUUCAAGCUGAGCGUAGAGACUCUGUUGUUGCUGAUACUCGAGAAGCUGCUCGUGUGGUGGUGGUGCCUUCUCUUCCUCUACCUGAGGAAUUCGUUUUGAAGAAGCCUGAGACUUGUCAGUCACUAGUUGAGUUGAGAGACAUUAUUGCUGCAGAUAUACGUGAGACUACUCCUCUUCCUCGACCUAAAGAUUUCAUUUUGCAGAAGGCUGUAACUUGUCAAUCACAGGCUGAGUUAGGAGAUGUAGUAACGGAUAAGCAUGUAACUACUCCUCUUCAGAGAGUGGUGCCUGAGCCUUUUGUUUUGGGGAAGCCUGCAACUUCUCAGUUACAAGCUGAGUUAAGAGAGGCUAAUGUUCACACAAUGGUGCCUUAUGUUCCCGUACCUGAACAUCGCACUUUGCAGACACCUGAAACUUCUCAAACGCAAGCUGAGUUUAGAGCAGAUAAGCAUGAAGCGUCUCUUGUUCACACAGUGGUGCCUUCUCUUCCGGUAACUGAGCAUAUCACUUUGCAGAAGCCUGCAACUUCCCAUUCACAAGCUGAUUUAAGAACGCGCAAAGCUGCUCUUGCUCACUCUGUGGUGUCUUCUCUUCCGGUAACUGAACAUAUCACUUUGCAAUCACAAGCUGAGGAGAUGCGCAAAGCUACUCUUGUUCACACUGUGGUGCCUUCUCUUCCGGUAACUGAACAUGCCCCUUUGCAGAAACCUGCAACUUCGAAAUCACUAGCUGAGUUGAGAGCCGAGGAGACGCCCAAAGCUACUCUUGCUCACACUGUGGUGUCUUCUCGUUCGGUAACUGAACAUAUCACUUUGCAGAAACCUGCAACUUCGAAAUCACAGGCUGAGUUAAGAUCUGAGGAGACGCGCAAAGCUUCUCUUGCUAACACUGUAGUGUCUUCUCUUCCAGAGUAUGAGCAUCGCACUUUGCAGAAGCCUGUAACUUCCCAGUCACAAGCUGAGAUAAGAGCCAAGGAGACGCUCAAAGCUACUCUUCUUAGCCCUGUGGGGCCUAAACUUCCAGUAACAGAGCAUCGCACUUUGCAGAAGCCUGUAGCUUCUCAGUCACAAGCUGAGCUAAGAGCCAAGGAGACGUUCAAAGCUACUCGUGUUCAAGCAGUGGCGCCUUCUCUUCCUGUGCUUGACUAUUGCACUUUGCAGAAGCCUGCAACUUCGCAUUCACAAGAUGAGUUAAGAGCCAAGACUCGCAAAGCUACUCUUGUUCACGCAGUGGAGCCUUAUCUUCCAGUAACUGGGCAUCUCACUUUGCAGAAGCCUGCAACUUCCCAAUCACAAGCUGAGCUAAGAGCCAAGGAGACGCCCAAAGCUACCGUAGUUCAAGCAGAGAUGCCUUCUCUUCCUGUGCUUGACUAUUGCACUUUGCAGAAUCCUGCAACUCAUCACCCACAAGCUGAGCCGAGAGACUUUGUAUCAGAUGCUCAGGAAACAGCUGAUUUUCAAGCUGUAGACAAACCGGAGAGGGUGAUGGAUCGCAGUUACACAACCAGGAAAGCUCCAGGUCCAAGGAGAUCAUCCCAAGAUUGUAGGAUGGAUUCAGAUAGAAGGAUGGCAAACCAAAGGAGCCGUCGUACAGGUCACAACAAGCCUGUAAGGUUUCCUAGAGUGAUGUGCAGCUCUGUGGUUAUGGACAACGAGAAGCUGAGAGUGGUGAAUCUAGAGAAGAAGGUUGAGAAAGCAGGAGGGUUGAACGAAUGGGUAGGAUCUAUAGGAUUGGGGAGAGAGUUUGAGAGGAUGCUGAGAGGACAGAGGAUGAGUAAGUUUCAAAUGGCGAAUUUGACAAUGGAGAAGCUUAAGCAGAUGGGUGCUUUAGCCGUUGGACCUAGAAGAAAGCUUAUACAUGCUAUUCGUUGUGUCUAUCACCCACAUUGUCUUCGUGCUUCCUUUAACUAAGUAUACACAUCUUGUCACAGUUUAGUCUUUCAUUGUCCAAUAAUAAAACUUUGAUAUUGCUUGUUUGA